AUUCACAACUCCAGUGACUUCUUUCGGUGUGGUGCCCUGGUUUGGCUCCGGAUUGAUUCACUCAAAUCUAUGUAUACAUUAUAAUAGCCAGCUUCUCUAUUCGUUUCCCGUUCUCCAUCAUGGACUACCUCGCCUCGGCCGUGCUCUCUGACCGCGCAUAAUGUGGCGCAAACGUAAAGCGUCCUCUGUACCAGCGCGUUAUACAGACGAACCCAGAAGGAAGCGAUUAAGAAACAACCUUAUCAUAUCAUCCAGCGAAGACGAGGAAGAAAACGAGACCGAAGAGAGCGAAAACGAAGACAGUGGAAACGACGAGGAGUGGGAUAUCAAGUGCAUCCUUGACGAGACCGAUUCGCAAUACCUGAUUGACUGGGAAGGGCCCUGGUCGCCAACCUGGGAACCGAAAGACAACGCCAACGACGUCGCAGUCAAGGUUUGGGAGGAUAUAAAGAAACAGAGAAGCAGUCGGACAAGAGCCCCAUCAUCGCCGCCUUUGCAAGCGCAUUCACCGUCGUCAUCGUCGUCAACGUCGGACACCCCCAGCCAGAGCUCCGUGAUCGAAAUCGAGAACACCGAGCCCGUUGAAUGCGAAGUACAACAACCGAUCCAGCAGGAUAUUCCUUACCCGCGAAGCCAACGACAAGCUUCUCCCCUUUUCGUACCGUUUGACGCUGCGUCGUCAGACGAAGAGGAUAUUCCUCUAGUCCGCUCGCCAAAAACGAGAGCACUGCUUCUCAGCUCAUCGCAACGGGCCCCAUCCAGUUCCAGAGUCGUCCCGUCAUCCACCCAACAGUCCCGCAGCAUCCCCGUGUUCGAGUACGUACGAAAAUCUCCGAUCCCGCAGGAAUUCAUACUACCCGGCGAGUCGAAAGAGACCCCCCUGAACAUUUCGCAGACAACAAGCAUAUCUGAAGGUGCUCUUUUUGUGCCAGGGGGUGACAACGAACCGCGCUCCGAUAGUCUGUGCGUUCCUGAGACAGACCAACAGCCACAAAGGAUAAAAGAAGUCGGAAAUUUGAGAUAGCCGAGACACCACCUGCCUUGUUGGCCGCUCCGCAAACCCAGAAUACACCAUCCCGCUCAUUUCGUCCUCAGGGAAGGGACACUGGAUUACAAGCUCCAACGCAGUCAAUAAACAUCCAGUCCAAUUUCUCUCAAACCUAUUUAUCCAGCGGUACUACAUCAUCAGAAACAU